UAUACUUUUGCAUGUAUCCUAGGUGACACCUAACCCAGGACGAUUACAGCCUUCUAAGCUGGCCAUUACCUAAAUCUCCCCAGGUGAUCUCUCCCGACGUCAUAAGUGUUCAUAAUCUCGUAUGAGGAACCCCGCUAUUCGGUUUACUCGUUCACCCAUCCUUGAUUUAGUGCAACAAGUGCAAAUAGCGACAACGAGGUUAUAUGUACCUAGUUAACUACCUACGUUAGUUGUAACUGGAUAGAUUGCGACUCGUUAAAACGCGUCAUAAAAUCAUCCGGCUCGGUCUCAGCAUCUCCUGUCUUCAAUAAUAGCGUAUUGGUAGAGAUUAACAGAUCGAAUCUGCAGACCUACCACUAAAAAGGCGCAUAAGAUCCCGAGACGGUGAAAUCCCAGCCCACAACUCUACCAGCCGCCUUGCUUUGCAGCUCUUGGCGUGCAAGCCAAUCCCGUCCCUAAAUUCGACCUUCAGCUUACCCUCAUCUUAAACUUGUUUCUUCAACUUGUUUCUUCAACUUGUUUUCUCCCUACUUACACACACCCUCUCUCACAAUCGUCUUUCCACCUUCUUGUCGCCUUCUUCCUAGUCGCAAGCCUUCUACUUGCGCGCGCGCAACUGUUUUCUCGUUGUAUUCGGAUCGCACACGCUUGGAGAACCGGCAAAAUGAUGUUCGCUAUCUUCUUCGCCUUUUGGCGAUUCAUGCAGAUCAUUACACUAAUCCCGACGGUGGGCAUGUUGGCAUAUUUCGUCAACGGCUACGUGCAGCUAAAUCAGCUCACGCCCAACUAUAUCCUAGUACUCUUUAUCGUGUCGGUACUAGCUUUGGCGUGGUCUAUCUACACGCUGUUUAGCUACCACCGCUCGUCUGCCAACGCGACCUUCGUCGCCGUCUUCGAUCUUCUGUUUGUGGGGGCUUUUAUCGGAGCGGUGUGGACGUUGCGCAUGAUUGCCACUGCCGACUGCACGCAUAUUACGCGCGGCGACCCCUACGACGUCAGCUUCGGUCCCUUUGGCAGCGCCUCCGUUACCAACUGGGACACUAACGUUGACAAGACGUGCGCUAUGCUCAAGGCCUCCUUCGCGUUCGGCAUUAUGAAUUGUGUCUUCUUCUUCAUCACUAGCAUUCUCGCGUGUCUACACGGCGAUCGCGCAGGCACCGCUGACCGCACAUCGUACUACCGCGAGACGCACACUCACCGCCACGGCCAUCGCAGCAGUCGCAGUCCUCAUAGCAGACACAGCACACACUCACACCGCCGCACCUAUGUAUAGGGUAGUGGGGCUUAUUGUUAUAUAUCUGGCACAUAUACAAGUGGUUGUACAAAUGAGAACGAUGGGAUUCGGGAGUGUGGGAGUGUGGAUCCGUAGAGAGGAAUCGGCAUUUUCUCACCAUAACAGGAU